GCACCGGUUCCGCGCCCCGCCCGGUCCCGCGCCCCGCCCGGUCCCGCCGAGCCGCCGUCUGCCCGCGUCGUACGACAGGGGCAGCCAUGGGGAAGCACAGCAGCAAGCUGGCCCCAGAGAUGCUGGAUGACCUGGUGAGGAGCACGGAGUUCAGUGAACAGGAGCUGAAGCAGUGGUACAAGGGCUUCCUCAAGGACUGUCCCACCGGCAUCCUCAACCUGGAGGAGUUCCAGCAGCUCUACAUCAAGUUCUUCCCCUACGGAGAUGCGUCCAAGUUUGCCCAGCAUGCUUUCCGCACCUUCGACAAGAAUGGUGACGGGACCAUCGACUUCAGGGAGUUCAUCUGUGCCCUGUCUGUCACCUCCAGGGGUACUUUUGAGCAGAAACUCAACUGGGCCUUUGAGAUGUAUGACCUGGAUGGGGAUGGGAAGAUCACGCGCCUGGAGAUGCUGGAGAUCAUUGAGGCCAUUUACAAGAUGGUGGGGACUGUGAUCAUGAUGAGGAUGAACCAAGAUGGGUUGACACCCCAGCAGCGUGUUGACAAGAUCUUCACAAAGAUGGACAAGGACAAGGAUGACCAGAUCUCCCUGGAGGAGUUCAAGGAGGCAGCGAAGAGUGACCCCUCCAUCGUCCUCCUCCUGCAGUGUGACAUGCAGAAAUAGAGCCCUGGGGGCUCAUCGCUGGACUGGCUGUAGCCCACCUCUGCUCCUCAUGAUGGUUUCCAUCCCCAGUUUCUGCUGAGUCCCCCCUGUACCCGCUUGGCCCCAGGUGUGAGCCACACUCUGUCCCUCCUGCCACCCAGCUGUGUCCUGGGCAGCCUGCAGUCCAUGGGCUGUAGUUCUCCCUCGAUGGGUACAGCCUCCUCUGGGUAUUGUCAGGUUGAGGUUACUCCCAAAUCAACCCUCUCCCUUCCUGGAGCUGGACUCCCAGCAGCUGAUGGCAAGCGUCCUGGUUCCCCAGGGCCAACUGCUCCCACGUCCCUGCUGCUUCCUCCCUGCUUUCCCCCGCACUGCUCUGCUGGCCUGUUCCCUGCUCCUAACCGAAACCAGCUCUUUUUCCCUUUCUGCUGAUCUCCUCUCAUUGCUUGUGGUGCUUCCAGGGAGGCUGAAAAGUCCCAAGUCCUGGUCCUGGUCUCUCAUUCAGUGGCAAUUUCCUUCAAGGCUGCCUGGAGGGGCCAGGGCUGGCCCCAGGGUGCUGCACCCUCCCUGAGGACUGGCUGCCUUGGCUCCCUCCGCCUGGCUUUAGCUUUUCCACCUCUGCUUUUGCUGCUGGGAAUGGCCAGGGUUGGUCAAGGGACUUUAGGGGAGAGCAGAAGCAUCCAAGGCCACCUCUGGGUGUGGCCAGUGUCUGAUCCCAGAAGCCACCUUCUAUCACAUCAUCUGUGUGAGCUGGCAGAGCAAGUGGGUGACCUCCACCACUGCCUCAGCAGCAUCUUGGAUGCUUUGUGGAGUUUCUGGCCUUCCUGGAUAUUGAGAUGAUGCCUGAGGUCCCAAAUCAAAAGACAAGGGCUGUCUAACUCCUCCGUGGGCUGCUCUGGGGCAAGAUCAGGAGCUGUGGAUGUUGAAGGCAUGUCCUGGUGCCACUCCUGGUGUGUGGCACCACUGUGGGGACUGGUGGGUCCAGGACUUGGGGCUGUGGAGAAGUCUGGAUGGGUCCCGUACCUGCUGAGCCUCCUGGCAGGGCUCUGAGGCCACAAGAAACAUGUCUGUCUCCUUCCUCCCUCCAUUCCAGCCUGCUGCCUCUGUCCCUCCUACCCCAGGACAGGAAUAUUGUCACAGAUUGGUAUUUAGUCUGCACAUUGUGGUGUUGAUGACUGUAAUAUCUGUUAGGAGAUAGUGAAGUUGUUAUCUAUUUUUUUAAUGGAAAAAUAAACAGUCCCUCAUA